GGCGCGGCGCGCGCGCUCCGGCAGUCAGCCCGCGGCAGUGUCGCCGAGCGCCCGAGUGCACCCGAGCCGCGCCGACCGCGUCCGAGCGUCCGCGUUACGAGUGUCCGACCGUGUGAAGCAUACUGUGGAUGCAGUGCGAGUGUGUGUGACUCUACCCCCCUCUAAGCAUUCAAGCUGUCUGUGCUUUAACUCUUUAAGCACGCUUUAUAUUCAUUAAGAAGCAGUUUUGUCGCGUGAUGCUGGCGGCCAGGCCGUGGUUCCGCAGCCAGCAGCCCCCAGCCAAGACGGCGGCGCGCUGCGGGCCCCAGAGCCGCGCGCCCCUCUCUGCCGCCGUUCACCUUAAACUGCGCAGGAUGGCAGCCAGAGUCGACCCCAUGACUCUCGCUUAGGCUGUAGAAGUGGCUCUGGGUCCGACGUCUCCCCACGCUGAAGCCUCGAUGUGGGUUGAACUCAUUAUUGUUUCAACCAGGAUAACAAAGGAUGGAUAGCUGAUGUGCGCCUCGCAGUAUUCUACUAAUGUUAUCUAUUUGAUAAAUAUCUUAUCUAUUUAGAAGUAUUAUUGAUUGACUUACUGUUUUGAAUAAAUAAUUUAAGUGUAUUUCAGACAGUUUGUAUUCUCCUACUGAACAUAGGCAUCGAAAUGUCGUUAAGCAUGGCGACUAGCUGGCGUCAGCCGAAUAAAUUAAAUAAAAGCUUAUUAAUUCGGGUGUUUAUUUUAUAAAUUUGCAUAAUUUCAAAAUUAUCUCACGUUUAAUGAGUUACUUAUUUUUAUGUAACAAUUAAAUACUGAAACAACUUAAGCAAACCGCACGUGUAACAAUGAGGCCCAGGUGGAGGCUCUCGGCCACUCUCGGGUCGCCAUGCCGCGCGCACUCCGGCCCGCUCGCCGCCGCGCCGCCGCGCCGCCGACUGCGACCGCAGUCUUGUCACAAGUAGAGCAGCUCUCGCUAUAAUUGUAACAUAUUAUUGUCACUCACAUUCACUUCGCAUUACGACACUAUUUUUAUUGCGCCGCUAAGUACUAUAGAAAUCUAUUUAUUAUCUCAUAGUUUGAUCGUAACAUCGUUAUAGUAGUUUAAGUAUUCUUUAUAUAUUGUAUUUUAAGUAUUUUUUUAUCCCGCUGGCUACGUGAAAUCCAUGCCAACAAUUGGCAGGAUACAGCGCAGGACCGCACAGAAUGGAGAGUUCUCGUUUCGGAGGCCAAGACUCACUUCGGGUCGCUGAGCCGAGAAAGUUAGUUAGUUAAGUAUUCUUUAUCAGAGUUUAUCUUUAUUUACCUUUAUCCCUGAAAAUUGAUAAUUAAUAUAAGUGCAUUCACUACAUCGGUUUUCGAGCAUAUUCUCAAUUAUUAAAGAUGUUUGAGAUAAUAAUAGUAUACGUACCACGUACUCGCGUAUCAAACUAAUAAAUAAUCGGCAGAAUGUGAGAUAAACAAAUAAUGUUAUGUUCAAUAAUCAUCAUUCGUCCACUGCUGGACGUAGGAAUCCCCAUCCCAAUUGCUCGCCAUCGAGACCUAUUUUCGGCUGCUCGCAUCGAUACAAAUCCAACAAACACACAACGUCCCUACAGGGAUACAAAGGUGUUUCAUAAAAAGAGGUUCUAAUCGACAGAUGCAUAUUUGUACGUUAACUUCUUUGGAACUUUAAUUUAGAGCAAUCUGACUCGGACGUAGGGUUUCUUUUGUUUAGUGACCGCAGCCGACUUGUGAAUGGAAUGCGCUCUUUUUAAUUUAAUUGAAACAAUCAUUUAAUAAUUGUAAGCAAUAUAUUGCUUUAUUUACAAUGUAAUCUUAUUAAAGUAAACGUUAACUUAUUUAGUAGAUAGUUCGGACGAGCUCUUGUUUUUUGGUAAAUUUUGUACUAUCCAAUAGAAUUAUUUCAAAUACGUUCAAUUUCAGCAAUGAAGGUGUCACUAAAUGACUAUCUAUUUCAGUGGGUAGACAUAUUUUUAGAACCCACAAUGUCUACAUCUGGAUAUUCUCGUUCACUGUCAAAAGUUUCUUCAUAGACAAAGAGUUUACAUGUAAAUGAACCAUUGGCUAACCGUUGAACUAAAUUUAAUAAAAUUUGCAAUCCCCUGGUAAACUCUGAUCCCACAAAAGGAUGUUUUUAAGAAGUUACUUAACUGAACCGUCCAGGGCCCCAAUUCUGCUAUUUACAAUGCCCAUGACUGACUGAAAUUUGGUUUAAAAUGUCAAUUUUCGUAUUGUCUUAAGCAUUUUUCUACACAAUAAUCGGAAAUUCAGUACGGGCCGGUACACUAUAAUGUCAAUACAACUAACUUCCAAUUAUUGUAUUGGAAAAAUCCUUAAGAGAAUAAGAAUAAUUUCAAAUUUAAUUCAAUUGCCAUUCAUCCAUCGGUCAUUGUUUAAUAGCAGAAUCGGGACCCUAUACAUGUUGGUGGUAUAGCGUUUAAUGCAAAUAGUAUUGAGUCAGGUCAGAAUUACCAAAUUCAAUGUUCUACCUUAAUAUAUGAAAUGAUGUUGUUUUCAGUGUUCAUCCUUGUCAGCGUUACAAAGACUAGGCUACGCCCGUCCUGCUCACACAGCGCCCCUCAAAUACUACCAUGCUGCACUGGCUAUGGCGCGCUCUGGCGUGCGCUGCUUUAGUGGCACUAGCGCAGCUCGAGAGUGCCGACUCUAACGAUGCAGGCAGUGAGAAGGAUAACUCUCGCAUCAUCAUGGUGAUGAGCGUGGCGCUAGACGGGUCCGCGGACACGGCAGGCGCUCUGGGAGCGCUCGUGGUAGCGGCGCUGCGGGCGCGAGGCAUGCGUGCGGCCAGCGUGGGCGCGCCCGGCGCGUGCGGCGCCAGCAUCGCGCGCGAGUGCCGCCACGCCGUGCUGCACGCGCUGGUGAACGGCGUCGCGCACGCCGCGCUGCUGCCCGUGCCGGCCGCGCGCCCGCCGCACGUGCUGCAGCUGCGCGACUACGGCCUGGAGGAGCUGGGCGAUGCGCUGCCGCCCGCGCGCCUCGCUUGCUAUGCCUCGCCGCCGCCGGCACCUGCCAUGCAUCUCAUCCCGCGCUCACUACUCGACUUUGCUGAUGACACUCUGGCUAAAUUGUACCGGCUAUCGAAUGAGGAUAUACCUGAAGGUGUUACGGAAAGUAACCGAAACCAUUCCUCCUGCUCGACUGCAACAUGGAACUCAAAGUCUGGAUUUUCUCCUGAAUGGUGCUCGCCAAUAAAUGGAACGUGCUCUAUAUUACUAACUGACAAUGAGACCGAGGCACGUGUCCUCAUUGAUGUAAUUUGUCGUUACAAGUUGUUUGUGCACGUCGUGGCGCUAGGCACCCUACUGCAGGCGAGAGCAGAGCGGCUGGCGGCCCAGUCCCGCCCGCUGUUGCUCUGUUCACGAAGCUUGCACCGCGCCACGCUCGACAGCCACCAACUCGCUGCCCUAGCACUUCCACCUUGCGAGAGCACAGAAGUCGAGUGCCCAUUUGAUCCAUAUCGUCUAAUGAAACUAGUGAACGUGCGAGAACUACAAUCUCCCAGUGCCAUCAGUGUAAUGGGGCGACUCGCUUUAAAUGAAACUGAAUUACAAAAUCUUGUCCACCGAUACCGUAUAUCUGGACCAGAAGCGGCGGCAAAUGAAACACUCUCUCGACAUCCGAAAUGGACCGGGCGUCGUGGCGAGGUACGCACCGCCGUCAUGAUACCCAAACUAACGAGCCGCGAGGCGUACGACGCGAGUGCGCUGAUGGCGGCCGCGCUGAUGGCGGAGGAGGACUCCGACUCCUCAGGAACUGUCAACUUUAAGGUUGAGUUACUCGAUGAUCAGUGCGCGUCAACAUUGGCAUUUAAGUAUUUAAUCGACGCUCUUGGUGCGGAGUUUGGCGCUCUUUCUGGCGUGGCGGGACCGGCUUGCGGUGCAGCCUUCGCCGACGUAGCGCGUCAAAGCCCCACUCUCGCCAUGCCUGUACUGGGUUAUACGGCGCAGGCACCACCGCCCGCAACCGCUGCUGAGUUUGCAGUGCUGAUGGCCGGUGACGCACGACUCUAUACGGAAGCCUGGGCUGCUUUCACUGCGCACAUGCGCUGGCGGCGAAUUGCCGUACUCAGCGAACUGGCCACACGCGCAACACUAGACGUAGCAAAUUUGGGAGCCGAUAUCAUUGUUCAUGUCGAAUUGCCAGCUGCAAGUGACUUAGUCAAAGUCGACAAAAUAUCGCAGUGGGCUCUGCGCGUGGCGGCCGCAAAUGGACGCGUGAUUUAUGUAUGCGUCGAGGACGCGCGGGUAGUCCGCGCCGCGCUGUGUGCUGGGCUUGCCGCCGGCCUCACCCCCGCAGCCGGCGCCGUGUGGCUGCUGCCCGCCGCCCUACCCCCGCGGUGGCUACACCCCGCGCCGUUGGAUGCGCACAACUGCACGCUGUCGCAGUUAAGGGACAUGGCCGCCGGGCAUUUGAGCGUGGCGCCCGCCUGGCUAGUGGAGUGGGAUGAGCGCGAGCAGGGCGCGACCGACGCGGAGCUGGCGUGGCGGCGGCGCUGGCGCGAGCACUGCCUGCGCUCGCGGCGCGGCGCCUGCCUCCGCGCGCCCGCUCACGCCGCUCUGCUCUACGACGCGCUGCGCAUGUGGGACGCUGCACUGCGCCGCCUCCUACACGUUGAGCCAGCCGCGCUGGACAACUUACAUAAAAAGACUACUGCCAGGUCUCUAAUAAAGGACGUUACAACGGUCCAAUAUAAAGGUCUAACUGGUGAAUUCGAAUGGAGCGGAGGAGACGCCAGCAGCGUGACACCGGCGCGGGCCGCCCCGCUGGUGCUGAUGCAGUGGGAGAACGGCACGCGGCUGCGAGUGGCCAGCUGGCGGCGAGGCGUGCUGGCGCUCGGGCCCGCCGCGCCGCGCUGGCUCACCGCCGACGGCCAGCCGCCCGACGACGGCGCCGAGCGCUGUGCGCUGCAGCCCCUGGCCGAUCUGCUGCACGUGGACUGCCGCGCCGCCUUCGUGGUGCUCGGCGCACUAGUGCUGGCGCUCACGGUGGCAGCGCUGGUGGCUGUCGCGUGGAACUGUAAGCGCCGCGCCGAACGCAAGUAUCGUGAGCGCCUGGCUGCUCUCGGCCUCACUCGGCUGGAUCCCAAGCCCGGAGGGCUUGAUCGAUGGGAGAUUCCUCGCGAGCGAGUCGUAAUCAACCGCAAGCUCGGAACAGGCGCGUUCGGCACCGUAUAUGGUGGACAUGCGUUACUUGCCGAGGACCGCGGGUGGUCCGCCGUAGCCGUCAAGACGCUCAAAGCCGGAGCUUCCACCGAGGAGAAACUUGAUUUUCUGUCCGAAGCAGAGGCAAUGAAGCGAUUCGAUCACAAAAACGUAGUAAGGUUACUUGGGGUGGUCACAAAGACUGAGCCGGUUUGCACGGUGAUGGAGUUCAUGUUGUACGGUGACCUGAAGAACUACUUACUUGCACGUCGGCACCUGGCGGCGGGUGAGGCCAGCGAGGCGGGCGAGGCGCUGGCGGAGGUGUCGGCAGCGCGCCUGACCAGCAUGGCACUGGAUGCAGCGCGAGCGCUCUCGUACCUGGCGCAGCUACGCUACGUGCAUCGUGACGUGGCCGCGCGUAACUGCCUCGUUAGCGCACACCGGGUUGUCAAGCUUGCCGACUUCGGCAUGACACGCCUCGUGUUCGAAAACGACUACUACCGGUUCAGCCGCAAAGGAAUGCUGCCGGUUCGAUGGAUGGCACCCGAGAGUCUUGCACUUGGUGUGUUUUCGCCCGCUUCUGACGUUUGGUCGUUCGGGGUAUUGCUCUACGAAAUAGUCACAUUUGGUUCGCUGCCGUUCCAAGGCCUCAGUAACGCCGAAGUGCUAGCAAGAGUCAAAGCCGGCCAUACUUUAGAACUUCCACCUGGUUUAAAACCCCAACUGGAGGGCCUGAUCAAGUCGUGCUGGCAGCAAGAGCACAAGGCGCGGCCGUGCGCGGCGGAGGUGGCGGCCUUCCUGGCGGACUCGCCGCGCCUGCUCACGCCAUGCCUGGACGUGCCGCUAGACGCGCUGCCCUUGGACCACGACGGGGACCCCUGGAGACUGUCGCGUGAUCGCGCCGAGGCGCGCUGGGUGUCAUGGGCGGCGCCGGCCUCGGCCGCCACGGACACGACCUACCUGAGCACGGACGCGCCGCCGCAUGACACCGACGCCUUUCUGCCUUGACGUCAAACCGGGCGCCCUCACUUUAGCCCGUUCCGUUAAGAAUGCAUGGGAGUUAUCGCAAUAUCAUUCCAAUUGUUUUCUAGUCAAAAUGCAGGUAUAGAUAUAGUAGUAAGGAUUAUUAGUAUAAUAUUUUGUACAUAAGUUAUCCUAUAAGUUUAAAUUAAAGUAUGUCGUUUUAUUAAA